AUACAGACGUAAACAAAUGACAUGACGGUGGCUUCGGGAAUGGGGUGUCAUUUAAUAUUCCGUGGUACAUCAUUUGAGCCAAAACUGCAGAAAUGAAUUACGGUUUCAUAUUAUUUUGACAUCAGAGACUGGUAAAAUAAAGCCACAGGUAUAACAAAGAGUUAUACAUAUUUGAUAAAGCUUGUUAACUAUUGGCAACGAAAGACGCAUAGCAUAGCAAACAGGAGGAAUACAAAAAACUAUCCAAUCAGUUUGCCCGGUGAAUCCAGGUGCUAAAUCCUCCUGCUUCUCUCUGGAGUGUAUUUUUGGGGGGGUUUUCCAGUUUCCCCCCACGCCGCCAUUAAAGACCGACAGAACGGCGGUUGGAAAUUGGGAUUAACAUUAUUUAAAGCCCCGGAGAGACUGCAUCGGGGGGGUUGUUCUAUUGCACAGGUCUCGAAGCUACGUACAAACGGAAACUUAAAUAUGUGUAUUUUGACCAAAUGAAAGCUUGACUUCGGGACAUACAGAUUGGGUUUCGUUGGGAAAGCUCGAGCGAUAUAACGUUAAUGUUGGACUGAAGCUUAAGAGCGGUUUGUUGUGGUUGCGCCUGGAAGGAGUGUAAACACAGGAAAAGCAUCCUGCUUGCCUGUGUGAUCUCCUUGAGUGGAGCUGCCAAGCAGAGUCCCUCCCAGCAGCAGCCAUCACCCAGCGGUGGAGUGGCGAUGACUGAGCUGGGUGCCAAGUGGGCCUGUGAAUACUGCACGUUUGAGAACUGGCCCUCUGCCAUCAAGUGCACCAUGUGCCGCGCCCAGAGGCCCAGCAGGGGUGCCAUCAUCACCGAGGAGCCCUUCCGGAGCAGCCCUGGCCUGGACGCCAGCCACCAGUGGGAACGUCUGAGUCACAUCAACAGCCCACCCCAGGGAGGCUCCAGUCUCCUAAUCUGCCCGGACUCCAGUGCCCGCCCCCCGUGUCCGCAUCACAGACUCCCCCGAGCCCCCUCCAGCAAAUGGUCCUGCCAGAUGUGCACCUACUUAAACUGGCCCUGUGCCAUUCGCUGCACUCAGUGUCUGUGCCAGCGGCAUCAGGGACAUCAGCAGGAGCAGCCCCACCAGGGGCUGGCGCAGCAGCCACGCAUUCCCACCGAGUCACCCCAGACCUCAGGCUCAGGAUGCCGACCCGCACCCCCAUCCACCCCUACGGACCCCUGCGAGGAGUAUAACGACCGCAACCGCCUCAACGCCCAGCACUGGACCUGCGCCGCUUGCACUUAUGCAAACUGGCCUAAAGCGUGCAAAUGUGUGGUGUGUGACCACUCCAGGCACAAGAGCUUGGCCAAACCCAUCGAACUGGCCUUGAAGCCCGAGAGCCUACCACCCUCCAUACUCAACGAGCAGGACAGUGACAACAGGAGGGGGGGUGUGGGAAAGGGCGGAAGUGGAGUAGUGGGGUGCUGCGGCAGCCAGAGGAGGUCCCCGCCCACCUCCAAGCGGGAGGCGGAGGCUAAAAUGGACUUUCAGAGGAACGAGCUGGCAUUGGGAGCUGGAAUUGGGAGCAUAGAGGAGCGGCAGGUGGACUUUAAGAGGCUUAAACAGAUGAAGAACAGGAUGAGGAGGACUGACUGGUUGUUUCUCAAUGCUUGUGCAGGUGUGGUAGAGGGGGACCUGGCUGCAGUAGAGGCCUAUAAAUCAUCAGGGGGGGACAUCGCCAGGCAGCUGACGUCCGACGAGGUGCGCCUUCUCAACCGGCCCUCGGCCUUUGACGACGGCUUCACCCUGGUCCACCUGGCCAUCCGCUUCCAGAGGAAGGACAUGCUGGCUGUGCUCCUCACUGAGGUGUCCCAGCAGGCAGCUAAGUGUAUCCCAGCCAUGGUGUGCCCUGAGCUGACGGAGCAGAUCCGUCGGGAGGUGGCUGCCUCCCUGCACCAGCGCAAGGGAGACUUCACCUGCUACUUCCUCACUGACCUGGUCACCUUCACCCUGCCAGCAGAUAUCGAGGACUUGCCCCCAACAGUUCAGGAGAAACUGUUUGACGAGGUGCUAGACCGAGAUGUACAGAAAGAGCUGGAGGAGGAAUCUCCUAUCAUCAACUGGUCUAUAGAGCUAGGCACGCGGUUGGACAGCAGGCUGUAUGCCCUGUGGAACCGCACGGCCGGGGACUGCCUGUUAGACUCAGUAUUGCAGGCCACCUGGGGCAUCUAUGACAAGGACUCUGUCCUCCGCAAGACCCUUCACGACACCCUGCACAACUGCUCCCACUGGUUCUACACGCGCUGGAAGGAGUGGGAGUCGUGGUAUUCCCAAAGCUUUGGCUUGCACUUCUCACUCAGAGAAGAACAGUGGCAGGAAGACUGGGCUUUCAUCCUCUCACUGGCCAGCCAGCCUGGAGCCAGCCUGGAGCAGACUCAUAUUUUUGUUCUUGCACACAUUCUUCGUAGACCAAUCAUCGUCUAUGGAGUGAAGUAUUACAAAAGUUUCCGUGGUGAAACACUUGGGUACACCCGUUUUCAAGGUGUGUACUUGCCCCUGCUGUGGGAGCAGAGUUUCUGUUGGAAGAGUCCCAUUGCUCUGGGCUACACGCGCGGCCACUUCUCUGCACUGGUGGCCAUGGAGAAUGACGGCUUCAACAAUCGGGGCGCAGGCGCCAACCUCAACACAGAUGACGACGUCACCAUCACCUUCCUACCGCUGGUGGACAGUGAGAGAAAGUUGCUCCACAUCCACUUCCUCUCAGCACAGGAGAUGGGGAAUGAAGAGCAGCAGGAGAAGCUGUUGAGGGAGUGGUUGGACUGCUGCGUGACAGAGGGUGGAGUGCUGGUGGCCAUGCAGAAGAGCUCCCGCAGGCGGAACCACCCCCUGGUCACACAGAUGGUAGAGAAGUGGCUGGACGGCUACCGACAGAUCCGCCCCUGUGCCUCGCUCUCCGAUGGUGAGGAAGAGGAGGAUGAUGAGUGACAACUGGAGUAGGCAGGAGUCCACCCUCUUUUUUUUUUUUUUUCCCUCCUUUACUUACAUGGACAAACUGUGAAAGGGCAGGGAAUCACCCUACCCCGGCAGAGGACACAACUAUCUGGACAAACUUAAGAGACUGACAGAAGAAAAACUCAAUUGCUGCAAAAAGACUUGGGGAUGACAGAAAUAAAGGAUUGUAGUUUUCAAAUGCUAUUGAUCUUUGAUUUUCUCAAAUGUAAAAUCUUUAAGCGAAAGUAUAAAUGCAUGUGGUUGUUUAAAAAAUUAUAAGGAAAUAUACCAGUAUCGGUUUAUGAUGGGCACCGAUGAAAGCACACUUCCUAAAUGACUGUCCUUUUAGUUGUUUUUCCAGUUGAAAUAGGUUUGUCUUGUUUUUUGGUGGGCAGGGUCUAGGCCAACAAUUGUGUACUAUGAAUUUAAUUCUUAAAGGGAUACUUCAGGAUUUUGUCAACAAAGCCCUUUAUCUACUUCCCCAGAGUCAGAUGAACCCAUGGAGAUACCAUUUGUCUCUGCAUCCAGUAUGAAGGAAGUUAGAGGUAGUUUCGCAAGCCAAUCCUAACUAGCGUUAGCGCAGUGAAUGGUAUCUACUAGCAGUUAUCAUAGACUUUGUCAUUGCGCUAACGCUAGUUAGCAACUUGAUUCAAACUGCACGCAGGGACAAAUGGUAUCCACGGGUUCAUCUGGGGAAGUAGAUAAAGGGUUUCAUUGACAAAAUCCCCUUAGUAUCCCUUUUAAAACUAAGCACUACACAUUUUAUAGAAAGACACAUUUGACUAACUGCUUGAAUGAAGGUCAUUUUCAAAGCUACAUAAAUGAAGUUCCCUUCUCACCUCAAAGCUAGUGUCACUAAGGUCUUGGAGACCAUACAAAUAGGUGUUUAGUUAACCCUUUUCCCCCAGAAUGGCCAAAAUGAAGUCUUAUUUUCUUGAUCUCCAAACUAAUUCUACAUAUGUUUGGGAGCUUUUGAGCUGAGUUUUUCAUUUUUGUCAUUUCUUUCGGUCUUGAUGUUUUGUGGCAGACUUUUUUUGCUGUGAGGAAAAUAACCGUCUGUGAAAGUUUACUUCGGCACCUCAUUUGGAUGUUUGGUGCUUUGGAGGAGUGUGAGUAAGACACAUUCAACGUCUACAUUAAAACAAUUCUCAUGUUUCUUUUUCUCUGUCCUGCAAUUCUUCCCCGUCAAGUUUAACCCAUGGUACCUGUUUUUUUUUCUAUAAUGUAUGCUUCUUGUCUAUGUGAACCCAUCUUGAAUUAAGGUAUUUGUGAGAGACUGCACAUAAACCAAAGUUAAAAUA